AUGGGCUUCGUCAUUUUCGGCUACGACGACGGCGUAAUCGGCGGCCUCCUUACAGCUGCCCAAUUCGAAGACAUCUUCCACCUCAGCUCCUCCAUGCAAGGUACCGUCACAGCCCUAUUCGUCAUCGGCUGUCUCGUCGGCUGUCUCUGCACCAGCCUCAGCGGCGGCCACUGGGGCCGUCUGGCCAUGGCCCACAUCGGCGCCGCAUCCCUGAGUCUCGGCGCCAUAAUCCAGGCUUCAAGCUACAGCGUCGCGCAACUGAUCGUGGGCAGAAUCGUCGCCGGGUUCGGGCUCGGCCUGAUCACAAGUAACAUCCCCGUGUGGCAGUCGGAGACGGCGACCCGUCAGAUCCGCGGCACGCUCGUCGCGAUCGCACUCACGUUCUUGAUUCUGGGCCAGGUGCUGGCGUAUUGGAUUGAUUAUGCGAUGGCGCAGUAUGCAAGCAGCGUUGCGUGGCGGUUUCCUAUGGCCUUCCAGGCUUUCUUAGGGGAUUGCGCUAAGUACGAUGAUUGCGUUUCUGCCGGAAUAUACAUACUGACGGUUGUGGGGCUAGCCCCGAGAUGGCUGUUCCAGCAUGGUCGCCACCAGGAAGCAACCGAGGUCCUGCGGCUUCUGCGGACAUCGAAGGGCGUUCUGGAUGAACCGGCGUUGCUGGUCGAGAUUGCCGAGAUUAACGAUGCCCUCGCCCUGGAAAGCGAGCAGAAGGGGUGGGCGGAUCUGCUCAAGGAGGAUCACGUUGGGUCCCGCCGUCGAGUAGCCCUCGCGUGUCUGCUGAACGCAUGCCAGGCUUGGAGCGGUAGUACUCCGAUCAGUUACUACACGACAGUCAUCUUUGAAGACUCGGUAGGAUUCAGCCACCACUUUGCGCUUCUCAUGUCCGGCUUCCUGCAGAUCUGGUUCUUGGUCGCUUCAUUCGGAACCUGGUAUAGUAUUGAGAAGUUUGGACGGCGCCGCUCAUUUAUUGGUUCGACCCUUGGGAUGUCGGCUGUUAUGGUCGUUAUGGCGGCCAUGUUGGCCAUCAACACCCAGACGUCGGGCAUUAUCGCUGCGGUGAUGCUUUUUGCCUACCAGGCUUUCUUUACCUGGGGCUUUAUGGGCGGUAUCUGGUGCUACGGGCCUGAAAUUCUUCCCCUCGCCCACCGCACCAAAGGCGUCGGUCUUGCUACGGCGUUCCUUUGGCUGUCAACAUUCAUUGUCAUUGAGAUUGUGCCCAUUGCCAUUGCAAAUAUUGGGUGGCGCACUUACAUCAUCUUUGCGGCGUUUAACCUCGCCUUUGUCCCGAUGAUUUAUUUUCUGUACCCCGAGACUGCAGGGUUCAGUCUUGAAGCAGUCGACCUUACGUUCAUGGACCCGAAUACCCCUCCAGUAAAGAAAGCGGAUGAGCUUUGGAAGUUGAUUCGCCAGGGACACAGCGUGACGCUGACACAAGAGGUUGAUCGCAAGACGGAAGUUGAGGCGAGCCAUGUCGAGGUU